GAGGCCCAGGGAAGAAAAAAAAAAGGCAUACACAUGAUGAGAAAGAACCCAGCAAGUUCCCAAAAUUACGUCCUACGUUCCUCGAAACUAUGUGGGGAACUUCCAGUAAAAAUGUAAGAACUUUUUGUCUUUCUCUGACAAAAAUAAAAAAAUAACAUUAAUUUUGGGAUCUCGCAAUAAAAAUAAGAACUUUGCAUAUUCUCAUGCUUUAUUUUCCCUUCUCCAACGAAAACAAUGGCGGUGGGAGAGCUCUUUCUUUCUGCAUUCCUUCAAGUAUUGUUUCACCGAUUGGCAUCUCCUGAGUUGCUGAAAUUUGCUCGCCAAGAGGGACUUCGAAAGCAGUUGGACGAGUGGGGCAAAACGUUGGCAGUAAUUCAAAAGGUGCUUGAUGAUGCAGAAGAUAAGCAAUACACUGAAGAGAUAGUGAAACGGUGGCUUGAUGAUCUUAGAAACCUGGCCUACGACUUGGAGGAUAUACUGGAUGAGUUCACCACAGAAGCUUUGCGACGCCAGUUACUGAUGGGAGAAAGUCAGGACGCUACCAUUAGUAAGGUACGGAAUCUCGUCCCUUCUUGUUGUACUGGUUUGACUCCAAGUGCUGUUAAUAUGAAGAUUAAGCUGAGGUCGAAGAUAACAGAAAUUACUGCUCGAUUUAAUGAUCUCGUUACACAAAAAGAUCAACUGAAUUUGCAGAAAAGUGAUAGUCUGAGGCCAAACAAAAGAAGAGAGAUACCUCCCACAACUUCUGUGGUGACCGAAGAUCUCAUCUACGGUAGGGAGGAAGUCACAAAGGCUGUAGUUCAAUUGUUAGUAAGUGAAGAACAUAGUGGUUCUUUGAUUAAAGUCAAUGUGAUUCCCAUACUUGGCAUGGGGGGUAUCGGAAAAACAACACUCGCCCAACUUGUAUAUAAUGAUAAAAAAGUUCAUAGCGUUUUUGAUCUGAAAGGAUGGGCUUGCGUUUCUGAAGAUUUUGAUGUAACUAGGGUUACAAAAUCAGUUUUACAAUCUAUGACCUUGGAAAGCGAAAACUAUGAUGGCAAAGAUCUAAAUUGGUUGCAAAUCAAAUUAAAGGAGAAAUUACUUGGAAAGAGGUUUUUGGUCAUUCUUGACGAUGUUUGGAAUGAGAACUAUAAUGAUUGGAUUCUCUUACGUGCUCCUUUUGAAGCAGGGGCUCCAGGAAGUAGCAUUGUCAUCACGACUCGCAAUCAAGCUGUCUCGAAGCUGAUGGGGACCAUAGAAAUUAAACCUUUUCAUUUAGAAUUGUUGUCAUAUGAAGCUUGUUUGUCCAUAUUUUCUCAGCAUGCAUUGGAGGCAAGAGAUUUCAAUUCCCAUCCAAACCUUAAAGGUAUCGGAGAGGAAAUCAUCAAAAGGUGUAAAGGCUUGCCUCUAGCCGUAAAAACUGUUGGAGGCCUCUUACGGAGUACACAAGAACACGAGGAGUGGGAAAAUAUUUUGAAGAGUAAGAUAUGGGAUAUUCCAGAGGAAAGAAGUGGAAUUGCACCUGCUCUUAUGUUAAGCUAUCACAAUCUCCCCUCACAUCUAAAGAGGUGCUUUGCAUAUUGUUCAAUACUACCGAAGGACUAUGAAUUUGAGGAGAAAGAGGUGGUUCUAUUAUGGAUGGCAGAAGGUCUGAUUCAAUCCCUACAAGAAGAUAAGAAGCUGGAAGAUUUGGGUACCGAGUAUUUUCGCAAUCUGUGGUCAAGGUCAUUUUUCCAACAGUCGCGCAUUAAUAAAUCACGAUUUAUAAUGCAUGACCUCAUAAAUGAUUUGGCUCAGUCCGUUGCAGGCGAUACAUGUUUUAGAAUCGAAGAUGGAUCAAUUGGGAAUGGUAAGCAAGGGAAUAUUUCUAUAGGGGCCCGCCAUUCAUCUUACUUGGGUAGCCAAUAUGAUGGGCCUAAAAAGUUUGAGGUUUUUACUAAACUCAUAAGUUUACGUACAUUCUUACCUUUCAUGCUACCGAAUGGAUGGGAUUGUUAUUUAACAUAUUAUGUUCCUCUCGUAUUGGUUCCAACUUUACGAUGUCUAAGGGUGUUAUCAUUUAAGGGGUACUGCAUAUUUCAGUUAUCUGAUUCAAUCAGUGAAUUAAAGCAUCUUCGAUAUCUUGAUGUUUCCAGAACUAAAAUUAGAAGGCUGCCAGAAUCUAUAAGUACUCUCUACAACUUACAAACAUUGUUGUUAGAGAAUUGUUCUUGUUUGAAGAAAUUACCUUCAAUGUUUGGGAACCUGGUGAACUUGCGCCACCUCAAUAUUGAAUGUGCAAAUUCUUUGGAAGGAAUGCCUUUGCAUAUAGGCAAGUUAACUCGUCUCCAAACAUUAUCUAACUUUGUUUUGGGAAAAUCCAACUGCUCAAGAGUAAAGGAGCUUGGCCCACUGGUGGAUCUUGGAGGGACGCUUCGCAUUUCAAGAUUAGAGAACGAGAUUGAACCCAAAGAUGCGAAGGAUGCUAAAUUAAUUGAAAAGCCUAAAGUUAGAGGGUUGUGGUUGCAAUGGAAUAAAGAUGUUAACGAGGCUAAAGAUAGGACAAGUGAACUUGAGAUACUUAAUGGGCUACAACCCCACGAAGGUUUGAAAGAGCUCGUUGUUAGCUACUAUGGUGGUAAAAAAUUUCCGAUUUGGCUAUCACGCCCUUCAUUUUCUCACAUGGUGUCUUUGACAAUAGAAAAUUGUAAAAAGUGCACAUCAUUACCCUCACUUGGGAAACUGCCAAAACUCAAAUUUCUUAUUAUCAAGGGCAUGGCUAGCGUGAAGAAUGUUGGUCAAGAGUUUUGUGGACAUGGAUCCACAGAAUGUUUUAGAUCCUUGAUGACUUUGAGUUUCAUGAACAUGAAGGAGUGGGAGAACUGGAGUCCUUGCGAAAUGUUUCCAAUGCUGCGUGAGCUUUCCCUUAGUAGUUGUCCGAAGUUAUUGGGAAAGUUACCAAAGAGCCUUCCUUUACUAAACAGAGUUAAGAUAAAUGAUUGUGGGCUGUUGGUGGUUUCAGUUUCAAGCUUUCCAGAUCAAUGCAAAAUAGUAGUUGAUCAAUCUGAAGGGGUGUUGUGCGGAAGUAAUCUGGUUACUUUCAAGUCAAUAAUAUCUGAUUCUGUUCAUACAAUCUCUGAACUCACUUGUAGAAUUGAAGGAUUUGAUGUGGAGGGGCUAGAAACUUUAGGAAUUGAAAGGUGGGAGGAGGAGAAGCAUUUGUGGUCAGAAGAUGUGGGAUCAUUGCCACAUCUCCCAUUUCUUCGUUUUUUAGACAUCAGCAAUUGUGACAAACUAGCAUCUUUGGUGUCGGAAGAGGGGCUCCAACUGGGUAUGCCAUCCACGCUCGAAAGAAUCUGGAUCUCGAGAUGCAAAGCCUUGGAAUCCUUACCAAAGGCAAUGAUGUACAACAGCACUUGUCUUACGAAAAUUGAUAUUUAUGCAUGUGAUUCGCUAACUCAUUUUGCAAGAGGCCAGCUACCUCCAACUCUAAAGAGUCUUAAUAUAUUUUGGUGCAAGAAUAUGCGGAAAUUGGUGGAGCAGGAGGAUGAUGAUACCAUCAACACUUGCAGUACCAUCCCAUCUCUUCUUGAGACGUUGAGCAUUCACACAUGUCCAUCCCUUGAAUCCUUAAUCUCAAGCAGAGAAUUACCUGCAGCACUUCGAGAACUCUGUAUUGUCAAUUGUCCAAAGCUGGAGUCAGUAGCUCAGAAUUUCCAUCAUAACUCGUAUCUCGAAAGCAUCAUCAUCUCUGAAUGUGAAAAUCUCAAAUUCUUGAAUGGAGAUGAUUUGCUGCUCCCUUCCAACCUGAGAAAACUUCAUAUAUUCAGUUGCGAGAAAAUACUGGCACUACCCAACGGCAUAUACGACCUCACGUCUCUUCAAAGUUUGCAAAUAAAGAAUUGUCCGAAUAUUCUAUCAUUUCCAGUAGAAGGUCUUCCCGGAAACCUAAAAAUACUUGAGAUCUCUAAUCUCAAAAUCACUGAAGCCUUGUUCGAUUGGGGGCUCGACAAUCUCACUUUUCUUAAUCAACUUAAGAUUGGUGUAUGUCAGCAUCUGGUGUCUUUUUCAGAGUUGAUGUUGCCAGACUCUCUAAUUAACCUCAUCAUCUCAAACUGCUCGAAUCUGGAAUGCCUGUCGUUCGAGGGCUUAAGAGAACUCACAUCUCUUAAAACACUCUGUAUCUCUGACUGUGAGAAGUUGGCAUCCUUUCCAGAGGAUGGCUUGCCUCCCUCACUCCUAGUGCUUCGUAUCUCUAAUUGCCAAAAGUUGAGGUCCUUUCCAAAGAAUGGCCUACCUCCCUCACUCCAGAAACUUGAAAUCGUUAAAUGUCCUUUUCUGGAAGAACGCUGCAAGAAAGAUCAGGGACGAGAUUGGCAUAGGAUAGCUGACAUCCCUUAUGUUAAAAUUAAUUACGAAUACAUUUAUGACACAGAAACGGAGGAAUAAAUCCAAAGAUGAGUUUGGUUUGACUAUGAUCCAACGGUUCUUUGAAUAUUUAAUGGUGGCAUUGGAAAGAUCCCUUCACUCCUAUUGCUUGUUGCGACUCUAGUUGAUGGUUCAAAAGACUGAUGCAAGCUGUUGAAACUUCAGACUGCUAUCCGAAAAAUGGAUGUACGUGCAAGAAAUGUUACUCUUGUUCACAGGUUGAAGGAGGACAAGAAGUUCUAAACCAAGCAGCGAUGGAUGGCAUUUCUCAUGGCAAAUAUUUGGCUCUAAUUCUCAGUGAGGUGGGCCAAGCGCACAAACAUUAGAUUGCGCUCUUCAAACCCCAUAUAUUUGCUGUCUUCACAACAGGUGGAUCAUGGAUUCUUCUCUGUCUCAACAUACUCUUCUAAAAUUGCAGCAGCAAGUUGUUGUUGGCAUGCUAACAUUGCCAAGUCUUUCUUUGUGAUUUUGCUAUUCAUAUCAACAUAAUCAAUGUCUGGCCAUAAGCGACACCUUCUGAUGGUAAUAUUUUGGACCCCCAAUGCUUAUAAGAGCUGUCAA